UGGAUGGAUGCACGCCCGAAGGAAAUCGGGAGGCCUCGAGCUGUCAAUAUAACUGCCUUUUUCCAUCCCUCAAACCCUAAGAAGGCUUCCGGUAUCCUCCCUCGGUGGCGGGAUAUUUUCGGUUCCAGAUCUCCAAAAUGAAGGUCAUUGCUGCUUAUUUGCUUGCUGUCCUUGGUGGAAACAGUAAUCCAUCAGCUCAUGAUGUAAAGAUUAUCCUAGAAUCAGUUGGUGCUGAUGCUGAUGAUGGGAGGAUUGAAUUCCUAUUAUCUGAAGUUAAAGGCAAGGACAUAACUGAACUUAUUGCUUCUGGAAGGGAGAAAUUUGCUUCUGUACCUUCAGGUGGUGGUGCUGUUGCAGUGGCUGCACCUGUUGGAAGCGGUGGCGGUGGUGCUGUUACCGCUGCAGCUGCCGAGCCUAAAAAAGAAGAGAAAGUGGAAGAGAAGGAAGAGUCUGAUGAUGACAUGGGCUUCAGCUUGUUCGAUUAACUAGUGGAGAAGGAAAUACGGAAAACAUUCUCGAGCUAUUGGUUUUUAUUCUUCAUUUUGUUUAAUCAGUUUUGGUGAUGUUUAUUUUUUGCUUUUGUAGUAUGAUUAAGCUUCAUGAAAUUGUCCUUUUUCUAUAAGUAGGAUAUCAUAUUAGUGAGGAUGAGAUUUGUAUCCUUGUGAGGGAUCUUGAAUUAUGUGUAACAAUACUCUUUUUAUUCCGACACUAGAAGUCUUUCAGUUCAUUAACCAUUUUGAAUUUGACCGUUA